CAACAACUAGCACUUUCAACACCCUUAUUAAAGGAUAUGGAAAUGUUGGGAAGGCUGAAGAAUCUUUGAAAUUGGUUGAGUUAAUGUUGCAGGAUGGAAGUGUGCAGCCAAAUGAUAGGACAUACAAUAUUCUUGUUAGAGCCUGGUGUAAAAAGAAUAACAUAGAAGAAGCAUGGAAAGUGGUUUAUAAGAUGGAAUCAUCUGGUGUGCAACCUGAUGUUGUCACAUACAAUACAUUGGCAAGGGCCUAUACUCAUAAUGGGGAAACUUACAGAGCUGAAGAAAUGGUAUUUAGGAUGAAGAAUAAUAUAGUGGAGCCUAAUGAGAGAACCUGUGGCAUAAUUGUGAAUGGGUACUGUGAAGAAGGAAAUAUGGCAGAGGCAUUGAGGUUUGUGCACAGAAUGAAGGAACUUGGGGUUCAUCCAAAUCUUUUUGUUUUCAACUCUCUUAUCAAAGGAUUUCUUGACGUUACAGAUACCAAAGGUGUUGAUGAGGCACUGACAUUAAUGGAGGAAUCUGGGGUAAGACCAGAUGUUGUAACAUUUAGCACAAUCAUGAAUGCAUGGAGUUCAGCAGGGCUUAUGGACAAAUGUGAGGAGAUCUUCAAUGACAUGUUGAAUGCCGGAAUAGAACCUGAUGCCCAUGCUUUUAGCAUUCUGGCUAAAGGCUAUGUUCGAGCAGGAGAGCCACAGAAGGCUGAGUCACUGCUGAUUUCCAUGAGCAAAUCUGGCGUGCAGCCAAAUGUUGUCAUCUUCACUACCAUCAUGAGCGGGUGGUGCAGUGUGGGAGAAAUGAGCAAGGCAAUGCGUGUAUAUAAAAGAAUGUGUGAAAUUGGGAUUUCCCCUAACUUGACAACUUAUGAGACCCUGAUGUGGGGAUUUGGAGAAGCAAAACAGCCAAUGAAAGCUGAAGAACUUCUCCAAAUUAUGAAAGAGAAGGGUGUGUUCCCAGCAAAGAGCACUAUCCAUCUUGUUGCAGAUGCAUGGCAGGCUAUUGGUCUAGUGGGUGAAGCCAAGAGAAUCCUUAACAGUUCAGACAAGGACCCAGAAGUCUCAACAAGUAACAGAAAGAAUGGUGCACUAGCUGAAAGCUUGGAGAAGCAGAGUCUGAAAUCUUAUCAAAAGCUUUUGAAGAUACCUCAGGUUGUCACAACUGACCAAAGCGGGUCAGCAUCUACUCGAAUAAGAAGCCAAACGAUAGUAAAAUCUGUCAAACUUUCUGCUGAAAGUUUGUUGCCUACAAGUAAAUCAAUGUCUCUUAAGCUUAGAGGAAAGUUUCAAGUGCAGCAGCCACUCACUUUUUGCGGGAAACAAAUUGGUGUAUGCCAGCAGUUUGUAAAUUCAUAUAGGGUAGUGUUCAUAUACUGAGGAAGAAAUCAUAGAUGACAACACCAAAGGCAUGAGGGUGGAUUUAAUUUAUAGGGUCCUGAGAAUUGGGAAAUGUCAAAUACCAAUUGAUUAUUUCUAUUUGUUUGUCAAAGCUGUAAAGAUACUGAAAUUUCUGUAUUUAAAGGCUUACGAUAUAUUUUUGAUCUCA